AUGGCGUGCCGACGCUUCAUGCGAGCAGGGCUACAAGCCAAGCCAGAUGUGUGGUACCCUUCAUCGACAACGGUCAAGCCAAACGCCAUCAGCUGGGAUCUUCAGAAACAGCACAAGCGAUGGCUGGCCGGCACGCACCCAGAGGCAUUCACCGGCAUGUCCGAUCUCCUUUCAGAUCUCAUGUGCGAGUCCAAUGAAGCCACGCGGUCUGCAAAUCAUCCUCUCCUGGCGAUCGGCCAGAUGGCCAAUCUUACGGAUCCCCGACGCCCGCGCGUCAGACCUGUCAUCGCCAUGGCUGCAGGCGAAUCCGGACAGCUCUUGCGCCUCAGUGCUCUUCGAGACUCGACGUGGCGCUGGGGCACGCAUCAGAGCCCCGCACUCCAUCGACUACACCUUGACGCCGACGACGUCGACGAGGUGGCCCACUGGGCGCACGAUGACAGUCCCAUCUCACAGGUCAAGCCAGCAAUGAGCUUGGUGGGCAAUGAGCCUUCACGCUACAUCAUUGUGCAGAAGAAACUGGCAACAACGGUCCUCAAGCCACAGUAUCGGACGAUUCCUGUGGCUAGGGAACAUUCAGGCGUGGGAGAGGAUCGCGAACGGCCCUCACGAAUCGAUCCAAAGCCUAUCAUGGUGGUCUCGGAUCACGACACUGGAGGUCGCCCACAUGCUGAUGUUUCUUACUGUCCAGGGUCGGAGGGCAAGCCGGAACUUUUAGCCGUGGUAGAUGACUUUGGGUAUUGGUACGUGUGGGAGAUGCAGGGCCGGUCGAAAGUCACGCGUCCCGGAUUGGAGGCCAAUCUUCGAUUUCACGGCCACAUUGAGCAGGGGAUACUCGACGUUGCACCAACACAGACCGAAACGACAAUGCUGGCGGCGACGCACGGCAUAUUGUGGAUCGGCGCUUCCGGGUCAGACUGGAAUCACUGGGACGCUGCGCUGGUGGCAGCGGUGGACUCCGGAGGCAUUCCCCCAAGCGCUUCCUCGCGAGCCACAGCUUUCAUUGUUUGGAGUCAAAAACAACUUGCACUUGUUGACUUGCGAACUGUCACAUCAGCCAUUCUCGACUGUCCGGUACGGACCACGCCCAAAGACUUGAUCCUGGAUGUCAAACAAAACCCUGCCAACCAGCGCCAAAUAUUCGUCCUGACGACUACAAGCCUGUUCUGGAUCGAGAUUUCCCCGCCAGUGGCAGCUGGUCAGACUGCGAGUGGACCCAGGAUUCUCCUAUCGUGCGCCCACCUACGGAGCGCCAACAAUCGAUUCCUGAAGCUGAAGGUGCACCAUGGCUGGUCAAGCCUCGGCGACGAUGCUAGCCUUGUUUGCUUGCAUUCGAGCCGCAAUCCUGAUAUUGAUAUUUACGCCUUCGGCGCACACGAGACGACGAGCCUGCCUCAAUUUCAGCAUCACAUGGUCCGCGUACCAGGCAUUGGCCAAGGAGAGGAUGAAAAUGGCCUCGAAAUGCAGACUUUUUGCCUCGCACCAGCCACCUUGACCGCCUCCACGCCCUCGACGGGCCCCGGUGCAGCACACAUGGACCGUGAGGACCAUUUCUGGCAACUCUUUGUUCUAAAUCAAGAUCUUGGUUUGAACUGCUCGCUGGUGGUGGCCACAUCUGGUUCUCACGAUGACGUUCGCCUUCCUGACACGCUCAAGGUGACGGGAAAGAAGAGAAAGAUCGUGAAUCAGCGAAGAACAGCUUUUAUCCAGCAGCUUGCCGAAGUCUUCGCAGUGCCAGACGCCUUUGGCGAGAUGGACGAACUCUUCCGACUCAGGCAAGGAGCUGGCGGGGACCUGGCACUCAUACAGGAUGGUCCGGGCUCCGCACGACGUUGGCCAAGGAGCAAGGUUGAGGGCGUUGACCUGCUGUUCUUCCGCGUGGGAGUUUCGAUGGAGACGGUGGCGAUGGAGAGUCGAAGGGUUGAGGCUAAAGGCUCAUUCCAAGGGUUCGACCUAAUCCAUCGGGCAGUGGCCCAAUGCCUCGGUAUGGAGGACCAACAGCUGCCGCUGAGCACAUUGUAA